AUGAAUAUUCUCAUCAAAUAUAUGUACACUGUUAAAGCUCACUUCAGUAUUUAUAAUGAAUAUCUAAAUGCAUACAGAAAAAAAAUUAAUCGAAUUCCUUUUUAUAUAAGGAGAACAGCGUCGGACAAUUUACCCGUUUUUCUCAAGUACAAGAAUAACAAAAAUCUCGUCGUGACCGUCAUACGAAAAAUAAAAGGAAACAAGGAGAUUUUGAAAAGGGAAAUUGAGUCCAUUUGCAACACUAAUGUUAUAGAGAAAACAGACUGUUGGUUGAUCAAGGGAAACCAUAAGAAGAAAAUAAAAGACUACUUUAAAUAUAUUGGCUACUGA